UAUUGACAUGCAGCAUUACUUGUAUAAUAGAAUGUCACAUGAGAUUAUAUCCAAAUGGUAUUAUUGAGACCAAGGUAGCUUCGCCAUUGCUUGCAAGGAGGCUGUGGAAUGAAGUACAAAGCAAUCAUCUUUAAUAGAUUCACCCUUUAGAACGAACGUUCAAGUUUGGAAUAAAAACUCCCUGCCAAAGCUUGUUAUAUACAUAUGAGGAACAAUUUUAAUAUUUAUCACAUCUUCAAUUAAGUUCUCUUUGCAGAUAUCAUCGACAUGUCUAGUCUCGUCCCAGCUGUGUCAGAUAGAUCAUCACAACCUGAUUAUGAAAUCUCAAUAGAGAACCUUUCGUUAAUUGGAAAGGAGAUGGAGAAAUACAAAUCACAAGUAUUUGAAGCUAGAGGCUACAAAUGGAGGUUGGUUAUCUACCCAAAUGGAAACAGAAGCAGGAAUGUAACAAAGCACAUCUCUGUCUAUUUAGCAUUGGCAGACCCUGUAAUGCUUGGUUUGGAAGUUCGUGCAGCGUUUCACUUGUAUCUGUAUGAUCAGGACAAGAAAGAGUUCUUGGAAAUCAAACCACAAGAUGCGGAGGUGAUAAAGGGGUGCUUUCACCUGUUGAAGCAUGAAUGCGGUUUGGAUAAAUUCGUUCCUCUUGAAAAAUAUAAAGAUUGUAGGAAUAGUUUUAGUGUUGGAGUAAAGGUGGAAUACGUCUGUGAAUCUGGGACAACAGGCAGGGGAGAGUCCUUGUCGAUGAUAAAGGCAGGCCUCCCUAUUACCCACAAAUGGAAGAUUGCUGAAUUCUCUACCAAGAGAAAAGAAGAAUGCGUUGAAUCCCAAGUAUUCACUGUGGGGAAACAUAAUUGGAAGAUAAAGCUGUAUCCCAGGGGAAAAGGCCUGAAAAAUAAUAGCCACAUUUCUCUAUAUUUGGCUUUGGCAGAUCCAACAGCGCGUGUCCCCAGCUACAAAACAUAUGCACAAGUGAGCUUGCGCAUCCUGGAUCAAUGCAAGCAUAAGCACAUCAGUGCUACAGAUAAGUUCUGGUUCAGUGGGUCGAGUUCAGAGCAUGGAUGGUCAACAUUGAUUUCAGUUGCUGAAUUUGAUGGAAUGAAAAAUCGGCUAGUAGUUGGAGACGUUUGUUUUGUGGAAGCUGGGAUUUACCUUGUGGGAGAGGUUAAAGUGCUUUAAUUGCUUAUGCAAAUUGGUGUAUGAAUAAAUAAGCAAUUAUGCAUUGGAGUGUUUAAAUGAAUGAAAUGUGAACCCUUUUUAACAUGUUUUUAAUGAGUUAGAUUUGACAAUUUCUUAGCAAAAUAUUUAUCGAGAAAAUAUAAUUCUUUAUUUUUUAAUUUCACUAACUAAAUAUAUUAUUUACUUCACAAUGCGAAUUUGAAAUGAUUUUUUGAAGACUUCUCAAAGGUGAAAGAAUGAAAACAGUGACAAGUCCAUGAAGAGAAGUGUGCAGUUAGCAAACAUAAUAUUUUCAGCUUAGAAUCCAAUUUAUGAAUUAUGCAUUCCUCAUCACUUCCUCUAAGCUGGUAGCUUUCCUCUACAUAAUAUCUGUAUUUAUCCACUAAAUUAAUUUAAUGAAUAUACAAUUAAUUUUAAAAAAAUUAGGCAAGGCAGAAGCCGGGGUCGAGUCAAAUCAAAGUUUACGAGUAGAAGGCAUUUUCUCGUGGUUCAAUACAACCCAUUUGAUUUGGGCUGAAAAGCCAAGCCGAGCUGCCUCACCUAAUCAAAUAGUUGCUGGGCUCGGUCGGUGAGCUAGUGGGCCCCAACAUUUCUUCCUACCCCCUCUCUCCCUCGGAGGAUAUUAGGUUUGUGUAUAACUCGUUCUU